CCAUAACCUAAAAUUUGAGCUUUGUGAUUAGUUGGUGAAUAAAAGGGGUGUGAUUCUCUUUAUAAUUUUCUGAUAUUGGCUGCAGUUAUGCAACGACGUUUUCCUGCAGGCGGCGGCAUGGGGGAGAAAGCGUGCUCAGCAGUUUGAGUUCAGGUUAAGUCAUCCUGAAUUUAUCUGGAAAACCAUGGACGUCUGCACUAAACCUCUGUGCUACGAGCUCCUGGCAGAAGUAGGAGAGGGGUCCUACGGGAAAGUGUAUAAAGCCCGAGAGGUGGGGGAGAAACAGCGCAUCCUGGCGGUGAAGAAAUUCAACAUCCACGGAGACACUUCAGAGACCGGGAUCCCUGCUUUUAUGCUCCGCGAGGUGGCGCUGCUGCGCAAAAUGAAGUACUUCAACCAUCCAAACAUAGUCAAGCUGUUGGAUGCAUCUGCUAUACCAGUGGGCCGGAGCCUGGACCUAACUCUGGUGCUGGAAUACAUUGACCAGGAUCUGUCCACCUACCUCUCCAAGGUUCCCGCUUCUGGACUGAGCCGUGACUGUAUUAAGGAUUUGAUGCAGCAGCUGCUGCGAGGAUUGGACUUCCUACACACAAACAUAGUGCUGCACCGUGACCUAAAACCAGAAAACAUCCUGGUCAGCAGCCGUGGAGAAGUCAAGAUUGCGGACUUUGGACUGGCUCGCAUCUACACCUUCAAUAUCGCGCUCACUCCAGGUGUAGUAACGCUGUGGUACAGAGCUCCUGAGGUUCUGCUGAACUCUGUCUACAUGUCCUCAGUGGACAUGUGGAGCAUUGGCUGCAUCUUCGCUGAGCUCUUCCUCUUGAGACCACUGUUUCAGGGAUACACAGAGGUACAGCAGCUGCAAAAAAUCUUUGAGGUAAUUGGUUUGCCCAGUGAGGAGGACUGGCCCAAGGACAGCCCGAUCUCAUACUCAGUCAGCUGGGGACCAAUCAAAGGCUCCUGCACCAAUCUGCUGCACAACCUGGGCCCAGACGAGAACGACCUACUAUCUCAAUGUUUGGCAUUCAGACCGAGCAGCCGUAUCUCGGCUGCCAAAGCCCUGGCUCAUCCUUUCUUGAUGAAGCACUGAAGAUUUCAGUCGAAUGCUGAGUGGGAGAAGAAAAACCUCAGCUCCUUCUGCUUCCUCCUCAUUCUGCUGUCAGCUACACUAACUAGCCUUGUGCCAUAAAAUCCACUGUACACAUUGGUCAGAACGUGCAUGGUUUAUUGGCCUUGACAGCUUAAAAAAACAGUUCACCAGCAUCAUGAAAAACUAUGGUCAGGUUUAAGGGGAACCACUUUACACCUUAAGUAAGUAAAAAACACAUUAUGCCUGACUUAUGGAACAUGUCUAUAAUGUCACAAGUUACUGGACACAGUAACAUAGAUUGUGAUGAAAAUCCAGAAGGUUUAUUUGGUAAAACAAAACAGUUUUGACAGUUGAAUAGUUUUAUUUUUCUUUGUUGUCUAAAUUUGACCUGGCUUCAUAUGAUCAGAGUAAAAGUAUGUUCUUUGAUUUGAGUACUUGUACGUUGUGUAUUUCCCCAAAAUGUAGUGCUACUUUGUUAUUGUUUGUUACUAUUAAAAAGAGGGAUUUCUGUUUUGUAAACAGCACUACUAACAGCACUAUUAUGAGCGCAGUUGAUGAGUUUGUUUAUGUUGCUUCACCGAAGCUAUUUUGUUCUAGACUUGGAUACACUGGAGGAAAUGAAGUAAUUUUUGUUGUUUUUGUGAAGAUAUUUAUGGUGCAAUCACUGGAAUAGAUUACACCUGUAUUUAUGUUUGUAUUGACAAAUUGUACAAGAUAUUUUUCUACACCAGUGUCACUGUUUAUUCAAGCAUUUCUAUAAAUAACUGUCUCUCAAA